UUAGUAGCUUGAAGAUAGACUGACUUAACGAUCAAAUUUUAAUAUCGAAACAUGGAAGCUACAACCUUGAUAAUAGCAGCUGUUCUAAUCGUUCUGGUUAAGAUAUGGCUGUCUUCGGGUCCGAAAAUGAGAAUACCUGGACCAUGGACAAACGGACUUCCCAUUGUCGGUAGCCUUCCUUUCAUGACAAGUAGACCCUUCAUUAAAUUGACAGAGAUGGGUAAGAAGUUCGGUCCAGUGUACAGAUUAAAACUGGGAGGCGUUAAUGUAGUUGUACUCACUGAUUUUGAAACUAUUAAAGAAGCUUUCUCAAAAGAUGCUCUCAUGGGCAGACCUCCUGAUAUACCUUUGGAAUUCACAGAAGAAACAUUAAAAUCUGAAGUAAUGAGUACAAUGAAAUGGAUUGAUCAGAGGAGAUUCUCAUUGCACAUGCUUCGUGAUUUGGGUUUUGGAAAAACAAGAAUGGAAGAACAUAUUCAGGAAGAAAUUCUAGAGUUAUUACAGCUGAUAUCUGAAUAUAAUGGAAAGCCGGUAAAGCACGCUUAUCUUCUAGCUCCAAGCAUGUCAAACAAUAUAGCAUCAUUACUUUUCGGAAAGCGUUUAAAAUACAACGAUCCACAAAGACAGAGACUGGAUACUCUAGUACGAGACGUUGGAAGACUUCUUGGCAUGGUUUCAUGGCAGCUUUUCUUCCCUUGGAUAAGAGAAAUAUUCAAAAAAUUAAACAUCGGAUCCCACAAACAGUUAGCCAGUGUGUUUCUAGAAAUGAGAGAGUACUGCAGAAAAGAAAUGGAGGAACAUGAAGCUACACUUGAUCCAAACAAUAUUCGAGAUUUUAUUGAUGGUUAUUUACUAGAAAUUGAGAAAAAGAAAACAGAUCCGAAUACAACUUUUAAAAAAGACAUUCUGAUUGAUGUAGCCAGAGGAUUUUUUGGAGCUGGGAGCGAAACAGUUAGAGUCACCGUGGACUGGUUGCUGCUCGUGUGUGCUGCUUUUCCCCUAGUGCAAAAACGAAUCCAAGCUGAGAUCGAUGAAGUCGUAGGUCAAGAGCGUUUUCCAACGUGGCAGGACCGUCUCAAUAUGCCUUUCACAGAAGCUUCGAUUGCAGAGCUCAUGAGAUGGAGGUCUAUCAUUCCAUUGAAUUUAAUGCGAUAUACUCUGGAGGACACGGAAAUUAAAGGAUAUUUUAUACCAAAACACACAAACGUAUUGGCUGUCCUGUGGGCUGUUGACCAUGAUACGAGGCUUUGGGGAAAUGACGCUGAUGAAUACACACCAGAAAGAUUUCUGCGGGAAGAUGGUCGAAAAUUUGUGAAACCCGAUUUUGCCAUUCCUUUUUCAUAUGGAAAGAGAGCAUGUCCCGGGAAAUCGCUCGCUGAAAUUGAAGUUUUCUUGUACUUGGUGGCCAUUUUACAAAAAUUCGAUGUACAGGCUUUACCAGGGCAGAAAAUCGAUCUUGAUGGUGAACUUGGAAUCAGUUUACAGCCCAAAAAACAAGAAUUAUGCUUUAAACUCCGCCAAAUGGAAGGAACUACUUUGAUAAUCGUGGCAGUUCUCAUCGUUUUGGUUUCGAUAUGGCUGUCUUUCACCAAAACUACAAUGAAAGGUUUGCCUGGACCUUGGACCAACAGCUUGCCUAUUGUAGGAAGUCUACCAAUCAUGAGUAGUAAACCUUUCAUAAAACUGACAGAACUAUCCAAAAAGUUUGGUCCGGUAUACAGGUUAAGACUUGGAAGUGUUGAUGUCUUGAUAAUAACUGAUUUCGAAACAAUGAAAGAGGCCUUUGCGAAGGAUGCUUUCAUGGGUCGACCUCCAGAUUUACCUUUCGAACUUAGUCGUGAGACCAUAGAAACUGGAGCAUUUAAUGGUAUGCCCUGGAAGGAACAGAGAAGGUUCUCUUUGCAUAUGCUUCGAGAUUUGGGUUUUGGAAAAUCAAGAAUGGAGGAACACAUAAAAGAAGAAAUUUUGGAAUUAUUGGAAAGAAUUUCCGAUCAGGAAGGGAAACCUGUAAAACAUGCCUUCCUCCUCGCUCCAAGUACAUCCAACAACAUAACAUCACUAGUCUUCGGAAAGCGUCUUAAAUACAACGAUCCCGAGAGACUGAAGCUGGACCACCUUGUACGAGAAGUUGGCAGACUCGCUGGAUCUUCUUCUUGGCAGCUUUUCUUCCCUUGGCUGAGAAAUUUUAUGAGCACAUUUAACAUCGGUAACAAAGGAAGAUUGGUUAGAGUCCUGAAUGAGGUGAAAGAGUACUGCAGGAAAGAAAUCGAGGCACAUGAAGCAACGUUGGAUCCUAACAACAUUCGUGAUUUCGUGGAUGGCUAUCUAUUAGAAAUUCAGAAAAGGAAAGAUGAUCCAAACACAGCUUUCAGCAAGGAAGUGUUGGCAGAUUUAUCUCGUGCAUUUUUUGGUGCUGGAAGUGAAACCGUGAGAGUUACCGUGGAUUGGAUGUUGCUCGUAUGUGCUGCUUAUCCGGAGGUUCAGAAGAAAAUUCACGAAGAAAUCGACGAAGUCAUUGGACAUGACCGUUUCCCAGCCAGGAAUGACCACCUCAAGAUGCCUUUCACUGAGGCAGCAAUACUUGAACUCAUGAGAUGGAAAACAAUAGUUCCUUUGAACAUAAUGCGAUACACUCUUGAAGACACUGAACUAAAAGGUUAUUUUAUUCCAAAACAUACACGCGUCUUAUCUGUUAUAUGGACAGUGGAUCAUGAACCGAAACUUUGGGGGAAUGAUGUUCACGUUUACAAGCCCAAACGAUUUUUGAGCGAGGAUGGAAGUAAAGUCGUGAAGCCUGAAUACGCCAUUCCUUUUUCAGUUGGUAAAAGAGCAUGUCCAGGCAAAACGUUGGCGGAAACUGAAGUUUUCCUAUACUUAGUAGCCAUUUUACAAAAAUUUGAAGUACAACCUCCACCGGGUAGGCAAAUUGAUUUAGAAGGGGAACUCGGAAUCAGUCUUCAACCCAAAAAGCAAGAACUCUGUUUUAAACGACGCCAUUAAGCUUAUUAAAUGUAGUAUAAACUGUCUGCCAAUUUUUGUAUAAAUUUUAGAAGUUGUAAAUACAGAAAAUAGAAAAUGUUUACAAAAGAA